AUGGGGCGCGGCGGGGCGGAGGCGCGACGACGGGCGAUCGUGGAGGAGAUUUAUAACGAGACGUGCGCGAACGCGGUGAACGGCUCGGACGUCGAGCGACAGUUGAGCUUGUUGGAGAUCUUACCCACGGGAUGCGACGCGAUCGAUGAGCUGUUGGGGGGGGGAUUACGACAAGGGCAGUUGAUCGAGAUCACGGGGCCGAGCGCGAGCGGGAAGACGCAGUUGUGUCUGAGCGCGGCGGCGAGUUUCGCGGCGCUCGAUAAUCGAGUCGUGUACGUGGACACCACCGGCGGGUUUUCGGCGACCCGAAUCAAGCAGUUACAUCGUGGGUUCUUCGCCGAGGACGCGGAAAAGGCGGUGGUGGAGGAGCACUUGGACAAGACGCUGAAUUUGAUCGCCGUUCACAAGUGUCACGACGUGUUUUCGUUGUUAACUUUACUGUCGCAACUCGGCGAAGAGGCGAGCGAGGACGAUAACAAUCCGGAGCGCGCCACCAUGGGAUUACUCGUGAUAGAUUCGCUUUCCGCGUUGCUGUCACCCUUGCUGACGAAGGCGCAUCAUCAAGGGUACACCAUCAUGGCCACGGUGGCCGCCAUGCUUCGCGGCCUGGCGACGACGCGAAAGACGGCGGCGCUCUACACCAACCACACGGUGAGCGCCGGUCAAGAUUCACUCGCGGACGAUCACGGGAGUAACUUGAAGCCCGCUCUCGGGACGCGUUGGACGGCCGUGCCGCACCGUCGGAUACGGUUAUCCAAGAUUCCAGGCACUGGUUGGCACAGCGCCUCCAUCGUGUACGGCGUCUCCGCCAAGCCCGUCAAAUAUCGCAUAGGAUCAAACAACAUCCACGGCGCCCCGACGCAGUGA